UACACAAUCGAUAACACGUAGAUAGCGUAUACAGACUGACACGCCGCACAGGUAUUUGAUUCUCAGGACUAGACGGAAGGUCGAAAGAACAGGGAGGCCAUGUUGGAUUUUAAGUAAAUUCCUCGUCCCGGCAUCAGAAAUGCAUCCCCGGCGCAGUGCUCAGGAAGUCCUGCUAUGCGACCUCUGUGAAACUGUCCCACUACAGAGUCAUUGUGAACUUUGUAAUAUAAAUCUCUGUGUUAACUGUGUAGGAAAACAUCUCUCAGACUCGUCUAAAAGACACAAUGCAGUGCCGUUUAUACAGAGAAAGGCUACCCCUAAGUACCUGAAAUGUCUGAAACACACCAAUAAACACUGCGAAUUACAUUGCGAGGAAUGUAACAUUCCUGUCUGUUCUACCUGCGUCUCCUCAGGUAAACACAAAGGUCACGAUAUAGCAGAUAUUCUUGAAAAACUCAGCGCUAAAACAGAAAGUUUAAAAAACGAUCUGGAAGAAUUAGAGACGAGAAUUUAUCCCCGAUAUCAAGAAAUGGUGUUCGAUGUCCAAAUUAAGAAAGUCAACUUAGAAACAAAGUACGGGAAACUGACCACAGCUACUGACCAACAAGGAGAAGUCCUACACCAGGAGGUCACCGCCAUUGUCAACCGACGGAAAUCCGCCAUUGCGGAGAUGAAAACUAAACAUUUGGACGCGCUGAAAAAAAAUACAAAUGAAAUCAUACAGAAAAUGGCGCAACUCAAACAGAUCAUGUCCGACUUGAAAUCAAUCCUAAAAUCAAAUGACGUCUCCUUAACAUCUACUUACAAAUCUAGGAAUUCCGAAUUUAGAACAUUACCGCCUAAAGUCCGAGUUACAGUACCAAGUUUAUCUACUCGGAAAAUAAACAAAGAUCAGCUCAAUGAAAUGGUUGGUUCUCUGUUGCCAUUAUCCAUUAACACAGAACAUGGCCAACCAAUGAAGUCAGCAGAAGCUGUAUCGUCUCCUCCAGUCAAACCACUGCUUGAUGAGCCGCGAGUAACCGCCACCAUAGACACUGGGUAUAGUGGACUAUACAGUGUUAGCUGUCUGAGUGAAGAUCAAAUCUGGACACGCGGGAAGAACAAAAUCAUGAAGCUCCUCAACCUUCGGGGUACACUACUGACAUCAAUACAAACCAACUCAGGGAGCUGGCCAACAGAAAUAUCAGUGACAAGGGACGGCGAUCUUGUUUAUACUGACUUUAAUGUUAACACUAUAAACCUAAUAAAGAAUAAACAGAUACAGAACGUGAUCACACUACAGGGGUGGAGACCUCUCUUUGUUUGCAGUACCGCCUCUAACGAUAUCCUGGUUACCAUGGUCAGUGAUGAUGAAGCACAAUCCAAAGUUGUGCGUUACUCUGGCUCCACAGAGAAACAAACCAUUCAGUUUGAUAAUCGGGGCCGUCCUCUCUAUUCAUCUAAUUAUAACGAUAAAUACAUCAGUGAAAACAGGAACCUGGAUAUCUGUGUGGCUGACCGGUCAGCUAGAGCAGUAGUGGUGGUCAAUCAGUCAGGAAAACUCCGAUCUAGAUACACUGGUCAUUCCUCUAAUACCAAGCAAUCAUUUGAUCCAGUCGGCAUCACUACAGACAGCCAGAGUCAUAUCCUGACAGCAGACCUUAACAAUCACCGUAUCCACAUCCUAGAUCAGGACGGACAGUUCCUCCGUUACAUUCAUUGUGAUUUAGAUAUUCCAUACGGUUUAUGUGUGGACAUCAGAGACAACCUCUUUGUGGCUGAGUAUGGCACUGCUAAAGUGAAGAAAAUCCAAUAUCUAUAAACACAGUGUUAAUUACACAGCUCUACAGUGUUAAUUACAUAGCUCUACACAGUGUUCAUUACAUGUUUGAAAAAUGUUCAUUAAGCAUCUAAACACAGUGUUAUUUACAGCUGCUUGUUAAUUACACUUCGGUGUUAAUUACAUUCCUGUGUUAAUUACAGCCUCGUGUUUGUGAUGUGUAACAUGUACUUGUGAUAUUACUUGAUAGAACAUUAAUGUCUCAUUGCUGUUUAGUAAUCAUAUCUUACAAUACACGUAUCAUUAUAUUUCGUUGAAUAUCAUUAAUCUUAGCAGACUAAUUACUAAUUGCUAAUUAUAUUCUGUUACUAGUUAUCUAUCUCUAUACAAUUUUUCAACACAAGUGAAUGUAAAUGAGUUAUUGUUAAGUACUUAGGAAUGUCACUUUGUUAGUAUUUUCUGUGUAGCCUUGAAUCAUAGUACAUCCACUACUGAGUACUUGUAUGUAUGUAUAUAUGGACUUGUUGCAGUGUGAAAAACUACUAAUUAAACAUUAUUCUGUUUGUUAAUUAUAUCAUUCAAUAUGUGUUUGAUUUUACAAUGUAUAUAUUAGAUAAACAUGAC